AGUCAGCUUGAUGUUUAUUCUUCUUGGUUCGUCUGCUAUCGUCACUGGGAAUUUGAUUCAUAUUUUGGAUUCAGAGCUGCUGGUAUUUGAAAAGAACGGAUUCUGUCGUCGAGACGUUAUCAGUUCUGUCGAGAUUAGGAGCAUCUACAUCGGUGCCGGCGUAUUUCAGUUCUGUGCGUGCAGUGUUUAUGCGCAAGUUGAGGAAAUUCAUUCCAGAACGAGCUGCUUGAACGAGAUACGAUAAAUCAACGAUAAAGCCAACAACGUAAUUCUCCAGUUUUCAAAGUUAUGCAAUCGGUGUGUGUGUGCGUGUGUGUUAUUUGACUGAAUUACAAGUGACGUUUGAUUGCAUUGAGACCCAGCGCCAUCGAACCCCAUAAACAAAAUCAGGAGUCGUACGUUAUUUCUGGGGACACGGACAGCGACAUGUCGUCGUCGGAAAAGAAGCGUCUAGAAUGGUAUUAUGCCCCGGCUUUUCUGCUCUUCUGGCUUGUAUUGUUGGUGGCCAUAGUUCUGCCGGUUUUCUUCAAUCUGCCAAUAGGAUUAAGGAUAGAAGAUGAACACACCAAGCCAGGCGAGUUCGUUGCCGAACGGGCGGAACGCAUCCUGUUCGAUUUCGAGAUGAUUGGACCAAAGGUAGUCGGAAGCUUUGCAAAUGAGAAUCUAACUGUCCAGCUGUUGUACGACGAAAUAGAGCUAAUACGCCGAAGCAUGCAUCACGAUUUGUACGAAUUGGAAGUAGAUGUGCAAGUUGUUUCGGGGGCCUAUAUGCACUGGACCAUGAUCAACAUGUAUCAGGGCUUACAGAAUUUCGUUGUGAAACUGAGCAGCAAGAACUCAACAUCGCAAAAUUAUCUGCUGAUUAAUAGCCACUUCGACUCCAAACCUGGUAGUCCGGGAUCUGGCGAUGAUGGAGCUAUGGUGGUUGUUAUGUUAGAAGUUCUACGUGUUUUGGCAACAUCGCGGGAACCGUUUUCACAUCCAAUAGUGUUUCUAUUCAAUGGAGCGGAAGAAAAUCCUCUUCAGGCAUCCCACGGCUUUAUAACACAACACAAAUGGGCUCAAAACUGCAGGGCUUUAAUAAAUCUCGAUUCCGCCGGAAGUGGCCACAAAGAAAUUCUUUUUCAAUCGGGUCCAAAUCAUCCAUGGCUAAUGAAGUAUUACAGCAAAUAUGCGAAAAGACCCUAUGCCACAUCGAUUGCCGAGGAACUCUUCCAGGCGAAUAUUAUUCCAUCGGAUACGGAUUUCCGCAUAUUCCGAGAUUACGGUCACGUACCCGGUUUGGAUUUUGCUCAUUCUUACAAUGGAUAUGUGUACCAUACGAAAUUUGAUAAAUUUGAUGUGAUUCCCAGAGGCACACUGCAGAGCACGGGUGAUAAUAUUCUAAGCCUUGCUAGAGCUUUUGCCAAUGCACCUGAAAUGGAAGAACCGGAUAAAUACGCCGAAGGACAUUCCAUUUUCUAUGACUUUAUGGGCUUGUUCUUUAUUUACUAUACGGAAACACAGGGGCAAAUUAUUAAUUGCUGUGUGUCAGUUAUUGUUGUUGUUUUGAUUGGAAUAUCGUUUUGGAGGAUGGCGGCAACUUCCUACCUGUCCAUUGGCAGUACUAUGAAAACAUUUGUACUCAUUGAGGUUUUACACAUUCUUGGAAUUGUCUUGGCUUUGGGAUUGCCACUUCUGAUGGCGGUAAUGUUUGAUGCUGGCGAUCGUUCAAUGACGUGGUUCUCUCAAAAGUGGUUAGUUUUUGGAUUGUACGUGUGCCCCAGUUUGAUCGGACUAUGUCUGCCUACACUGCUCUAUUUAAGUUUUAAUAAAAACGAUAAACUGCGAAAAUCAUUCAAAAUUCAAAUGAUCCUACAUGCACAUGCAUUGUUUCUGGCCCUCAUCUGUAUUGUAUUAACAUUUGUGGGACUGCGUAGUUCAUAUGUGUUUAUGAUAUCCUUACUCUUCUACGGAAUAGCUUUGAUUCUGAACUUUUUGACGACCCUGCAUAAUAGAGGAAAACUUUGGUCCAUAAUAGUUAUUUUAAGCCAGGUUUUGCCCUUCCUGUAUAUGGCAUAUAUAUUUUUCGCUUUGUGCAGCACAUUGAUGCCAAUGAUGGGUCGUUUUGGUACUAAUCUUAAUCCCGAUUUACUGGUAGGUGGUCUUUGUGCAUUGGGAACUAUUUUGGCUAUGGGAUUUGUGUCACCAAUGGUUAAUAUGUUCCGUCACUCUAAGACUGUUCUUUUGGCUCUGUUGGCCACAACAUUUAUAUUUUCAAUGAUGGCUAUAAGUCCAAUAGGAUUCCCCUAUACUGCAAAAACUAACGUUGGCAGAGUUAAUUUCCUUAAUGUUCAACGCGUCUUCUACGAAUAUGAUGGGAGUGUUAGCAAGAAUGAAUCCGGGUAUUAUUUUGAUUUCCAAGACAGGCGUAUUCACUAUCCUAUCCAGGAACAUAUUGACAUGAGUAACAUGGAAAGUGUUGCCGAGGAUUGCGAUGAGAUGAUGAUGUGCGGCUUACCUCUAUUCAAUCAUCGUUGGUUCAAAUCGAGAAUGAAGGGCAUAUGGUUACCUUCCGACGACCCGGUGGAAAUUCCAGAAACACCGACUCUAACUUUAGUCAAUAAAACAGUGAACCCCGUAACAAACCUUGUAAGAUACAAUUUCAAACUUCGUGGCCCCCCGCACAUGAGUAUUUAUUUACUACCGAUUGGUGGCGUAACUGUUGUUGAUUGGAGCUUUUUAAAAACAAUGCUGCAGGAAAAGGAAACAUACAAACCUCCAUACCACAUUUAUUUCUCAUAUGGAAAAGAUUCGGCACCACUGGAUUUCUAUUUUGAUUUAAAGAUUGGUGACAGUAAUGUGAACAAACCGCUUUUCGAAUUGGGCAUCUCUGGCCAUUACGUCAAUUUUGAUUUUCCACGCAGUAAACACACUCAAACAUUCAUUAAAAGUUUUCCCGACUACAUCUUUGUAAUGGAAUGGCCCAGCUCGUAUGAACGUUAUUUAUUUUAGCAGUACAUUGUAACUUUCACAGUUUAACAAUAAAAAAUGAACAGAAUAGUA